UGUAUUAAAAGAUUUCUUAUUGCCUCUUUCUCAGUCUCUCUUUCACAGGGUGUCUAGAUUGGCCGAAUCCAAAACUCCUUUCCUCUUGAAGUCUUACGACAUCUGCGAACCACUCGCCGUAGCAACACUUCAGAUAUUUUCUGGAAUCUUUUGGCCAUCGCCUACCCGUUUAUACUCACAAAGCGUGCACAUAGAGUAUGUCCAUGAAUACCACUGUCGAAGCCCACUACAGUGAGGCACAGCCUCUUCAGAACCGGCCCUCCACCAUCAUUGCCGUGAUCGUCAGUUUCUUAACCGUUGCAUAUUUAUGCGUGGGAUUUCGACUCUAUAUCCGCCUGAAAGUUGUAUAUGCGCCGGGGUGGGACGACCUUUUUGUGUUCUUGGCUGUGCUCUCGGGCUCUAUAUCUUCUGUUGUGUCGUGUGGAUUGACGAGAUACGGCUUGGGGGAUCAUUUUUAUAAUCAGGGAUUCAGCAAGAAAUUGAUGUUCAUGAAGCUUUUCUGGAUUUCCGACGCAUGUUUCAACACGUCGAAUACGUUUAUCAAGUUGUCUGUUCUGUUCCAAUAUUUGCGCAUUUUCAAUAGGGGCCGUAUGAGAAAGCUUUCUGUCUGUCUCAUCGUUUUCGUGUCUCUGUGGGGAUUAACGUUUGCUUUCAUGAGCUGGGUUCCUUGUUUUCCGAUCGAGAACUACUGGAAGGGCCAAAAACAUUGCUAUGCACUUGGAUCCAGGAACCACACUGAAUUUUACGGUACCAUUCUUGCAGCCAACGGCUCAAAUAUGGCGUUGGACCUCAUUAUUCUUGCGGUAUCGGUACCGCUUUACUUUCGGAGGGAAACAGCACAGAAGACGAAACGUGGCCUGCUGUCUUUGUUAUUCAUGGGACUGGUGAUCAACUUAUUAGCCGCGUGGCGACUGGUCAGCAUCGUCAAGACCCAAGGAGGGGUAGGGCCACACCAAGACCCAACCUGGUAUGGCACACUACCGGUACUUAUUGCCGACAUGGAAAACCUUACAUCCAUCAUGUGCGCAUCCAUCCCAGUGUUCUGGCCUGUCCUGACGGAAAGCAUCGACAAGAUCUUCGUCACGCAUGAAGUCACGAUAGAGAGAUCGACUCGGUUCUCGCUCGUGGGGGAUGGUUACGCCGACGAUGGCGUCAAUUUGCAUGGGCUCAUCUGUGGGGAUGGGCAACACAGCCAACCAACAAGUCAGGCGAGCUUGAAUCCAAAGGACAGCACCAAGUCACCUCGACUGGAGGUCCCACCGGGGACAUACUAUGUAGACAAGUACUUUACUGGCCACUUGGAGCCCUGGAGCUCUUCUAGGCAGGUGGAAUCGGUAAUUAGUGCCCAGAACAUCGAGGGAAGAGGUCGAACGGCGGAAUGCUCUGAUGCUGCGAAUUACAGUAUGUAGGGGUGCC